AUGGACGAAGAAAUCGACAUCUCGGCGUAUCUGAAUAAUCUUCAAGCGGAUGGCGUUCCGGAGAGAAAACAAGCAUUGUAUCAUAUAAACAACACAUUGUUCGGUCCUAAGUCCUAUUUAUCGGAACCAGGUUUGAUAAAAAUGUUUGAAACUUUACGUCUCCAUCUGCUCAAAUCCUUCUCCGAUAAAGCUGAGUGUUGCCGAGAGAAAUGCAUUGAGAUUACUUCCAACUUCAUCAAACAUUUACCAAUUAACAACUAUUAUUUAACAUACAUCAUACCGCUCAUUAUGCAAAGAAUUGGUAAACACGAAACUGUUGAGCAAUCUGAAGAGCUUCGACAUCAACUUACGGAGUUAUUGAUGCAAAUCAUCGAAAAAUAUUCUAAUAAGAAUCAACUGAAUCCUUUUUAUGAUGCGUUUAUCGACAUAUUGUCAAAGACAUUAUUGGACAAGUACUCUAUGGUGAAACAGGAAAGUUGUAAGAUCAUUUUGAAAUUGGUUCAAUACUUGCAGAGGGAUUUUCAUCAAAGAGCAGACGAUUUGAUACAGCCAUUGAUCAAAUGUAUGGGACAUCAACAUCAGAAAGUUAGGGCUUUGGCGGUGGAUGCGAUGGGUCGUGUAUGCAUGUUUGCUAAAAAUGUAGACGAAUGCUGGGGAGCAUUAGGAGGUAAACUACUGGAUCAAUCUCCAUUGGUUCGCUUAGCAGUUGCAGAAGCAGCUUACAAAAUGUUAUUGGAACAUAAUGAUCGAUACUCAUAUUGGCAUCGUAUACUUCCUUUAUUGCUUGCAGGGCUUACAGACGAUGCUGAAAUGGUUUCAAAUGCAGCACGGCAGUUUUGGAGGCAUGUUGGUCAGCAAUAUGAAGAAGAAAACGAAGAAGAUUUGAAAGAUCGUCGUGACUAUUUGGCUAAUGUUCUCCCUGAUCGUUAUCCAGAAGGACGUAAUCGACCAAGUUUGGGCUGCAGAGUUCUUAUAGAACGCAAUAUAACUCGUCUAGUGCCACCAAUAUCGCGUGAAUUGGGCGAAUGGAAACCAGAAAUGCGUCUGGGAGCCGCAAAAAUGUUAACUACUUGUAUUUUACAUGCAGAAAAGGGGGCUACUCAAGCUUUGCCUAUGACCAUAGAUGCCAUAAUGAAGGGUUUACUAACAAAAGAGCCGGCGGUUAUUUACGAGAUGGAACGAACAUGUGAAAUCAUCGGAUGCUUGAUUCCUUACAAGACUUGGGGACCAUUGAUUGAACCGCAUAUAGAAAAUGAUUGCACCGCAUCGCAUCUUAAGCUUUUGGCUCAUAUUUUGAAAGGAUCACACACUGAGCUUUUUCAUAGGCAACAUAUAGCUUCACUAUUGGUGGCCAAGGAUGUUUGUCAAACUAGAAAGCCAAAGUACAUCAUUGAAUUAAUCAAUGUUUGCAAAAACCUACUUCCUGUAACAGAUGAGGAUUCGGGCCUAGUUGAUGAUGCAAUGUUGGAAAUGGAAUUUAAUUUGUAUACCGUACUCAUGACUAGUCUUGCUCUGAGUGGUGACAGAGACGAUAUUAAACGGAAGGCAAUAGGAGCUUUAAUGCAAGUAUCUCCAAUGGAAAAAUUAAAAGAUUUGCACUCUCGGCAUUUGAGACCUCUUUUGCAGUCUUUAUUGACCAAAUCGGAUAAUUUUACGGGAAGCAGCGUAGAUUAUUUGAUCAUAGAAACUGUUUUGGAACACUGUGCUGAAGUUUUGCAUAAAUAUUGGGAUAUUAUAUGCAUCAUAUUAGAAGGCAUUCUACAGAUGGAGACAGAAAUUAAAAUAAGAAUGUUUACCAGUCUCGCACUGGUCUUCCUACACUGGAAAUCGUUCGAAGGAGACAAUUAUAUACUCGAGAAACUUGUUGAUGUGAUAAUCGUUCCAAAUUUAGUCUGGGCUCCGGGAAAAGUAGCGGACGCAUGUAGAACAGCUGCUGCCUCAUGUUUGUGUACUUUAGCACAGAAUUCAACAAAGUCAACGUUGCUGCUUUCAAAACAGGUGCCUUUAUUAAUAACUUUACUGGAAGAUGAUUCCAUUCAGACUAGAUUGUACACUUUAAAAGUAAUUGCUUUACUUCCCGAUGACUUGGAAUCAAGAGAUUUGGGGAAGAUAUACAUAGGUAAAAAGCCUAAACAAAAUGAAGCAUUACAUGUAUGUAACGUAUUUUUUAUUAUUCGAAAAUUGUCUAUUAAAGCUUUAGGAAAACGAUUAGAUGAUUCAGAACAUCAAAUUAGAGCAUGUGCAGCGCAAGCAUUACAAUCUGUAGCAGCGAUAGGAAAUAAAAGAACUACAAAAAAAGAAGAUGUUAAUAAUGAUGAUUCAUAUUUUGUUGGAAAACCUUAUUUGAUUGAUAUAUACAAGACUGUUGUUUUGCAUAUGGACGACCGUGACCCGAGUAUUCGAGAAGUUAUGUUCAAUACUCUGAAAUCACUUGGUCAAAAUGGUCCAAAACUAUUAAUGGAUUUAAUUCAAUCACUUAAGUACAGAUACUGUCAUAAAACUGAAUGUGAAGAGCUACAAAUUUUCUUGAAAUCGAUAAUUGAAAAGCAAAAAGAAUAA